CUUCACUCUUUGACUGCUGGGGACCCGUCACCAUGUCUCGCCAGUCCUGUGGUCUCGGCAAGAGAUUCAGCUCCAGCUCCGCUUGCUUCGGAGGGAGGAACAAGGUCACGUUCAGCUCUGCGUCCCAUGGAGGAUGCUGGGGACCUGGCAAUGCCGGUGGCUUCAGCAGCAGGAGCCUCUAUUGCUUGGGAGGGAGUAAAAGUACCUCUCUGGGAGGGUUCGGUGGAGGUGGUGGUGUCUACAGAGGUUUUGGGGCUGGCGGCCAAGGAGGCUUUGGCUACGGCUGCGGUGCUGGGGCAGGAUUUGGUGGUGGCUAUGGUGGUGGGGCUGGAGGUGGCUUCAGUGGAGGCUUUGGUGGUGCUUUUGGUGGCUUUGGUGGAGGAUUUGAUGGCGGGAUGGGAGGCCAAGGCUUUUUCCCUUGCCCACCGGGCGGCAUCAGGGAAGUGACCAUCAACCAGAGCCUGCUGGCCCCACUCAACCUUGAAAUCGACCCUGAGAUCCAGAAGGUGCGAACACAAGAGCGGGAGGAGAUGAAGAAGCUUAACAACAAAUUCGCUUCCUUCAUUGACAAGGUCCGGUUCCUAGAGCAGCAGAACCGAGUCCUGGAGACCAAGUGGAAACUCCUGCAGGAGCAGGGUGGCACAGGGACGGGUGGCAGAAACUUCAGCCCCUUUUUUGAAACCUACAUCAGCGGGCUGAGGAAGCAGCUGGACAGCCUCUCAAGUGAGAAGCUUCAGCUGGAGUCAGAGCUGAAGAGCUUCCAAGAUAUGGUGGAAGACUUCAAGACCAAGUACGAAGAGGAAAUAAACAAAAGGACAACUGCGGAGAACGAUUUUGUGCUCCUAAAAAAGGAUGUGGAUACAGCCUAUAUGACCAAGGUGGAACUUCAGGCAAAAUUAGAUUCUCUGGCAGAUGAGAUUAACUUCUUGAGGUGUCUUUACGAAGCGGAGCUGUCUGAGAUGCAGAAGACCGUUUCCGACACCUCUGUGGUUGUCUCUAUGGACAAUAACCGAAACCUGGACCUGGACAGCAUCAUCGCAGAGGUCAAAGCCCAAUACGAGGAGAUUGCCAACAGGAGCCGCGUGGAGGCUGAGACUUGGUACCGAUGCAAGUAUGAAGAGCUGCAGAUUACCGUGGGCAAACAUGGAGACAGCCUUAAGGACACAAAGAUCGAGAUCUCUGAGCUCAACCGCAUGAUCCAGAGGAUAAGGGCUGAGAUCGAGAGUGUGAAGAAACAGUGUGAAACUCUGCAGAGCUCUAUUGCGGAUGCCGAGCAGCGCGGGGAGCUGGCCCUCAAGGAUGCCAGGGCCAAACUGACUGAGCUGGAGUCAGCCCUGCAGAAGGCGAAGCAGGACCUGGCCCAGCAGCUCCGCGAGUACCAGGAGCUCAUGAACGUCAAGCUGGCCCUGGACGUUGAGAUCGCGACCUACAGAAAGCUGCUGGAGGGCGAGGAGAGCAGGAUGUCUGGAGAGUGUCAGAGCACCGUGAGCAUCUCUGUGGUGGGAGGCAGCAUGAGCUCUGUGGUAGGUGGAUACAGCAGCGGACUGUGCCUUGGAGGAGGAGGAGGAAUCGGAUUCGGUGCUGGAAGUGGGAGAGGCAGCUGUAACACAGGUGGUGUUGGCUUCUCCUGCAGCCUAGGAGGGGGCGGAUUUGGCUCCGGGGCAGGAUUUGGUGCAGGGGGGGGAUUUGGCUCCGGAGGGAAAGGAUUCUGCUCCGUGGGCGGAGGGUGUAAGUCAGUGGUGGUGGGGUCUGGCACCACCCCGAAGAAGAGCACCAGCUCUGUGUCUGUCAACCAGAGGGUCUAGGAAAGCAAGCUAUCUCCCCCAUCCCCAGCACCCAAAGGAGAAAGGAAGAAAAUUUGAUGAUGGCCACCACCACCCCUUCAUUGCCAAAGUGAUGGCCAUCUAUUUCAUUUUAAACCGCCACCAUCCUUCAGAAACUGGAUGGAAAAGUAAAAUAUGGCUAUAUUCGCCAGCUAAUGACUGAGAUUCUCAACAGUGUUCGAGAACAGCUUGCUUCCCCAGCGGUCCCCUCGAGACACUGCAAAGCUGCUUGUUACCAGGGUACUGAGGACUCAUUUGGAAGCAUGACCUGCCCGUUCACUGGAAAGCCCCAAACACGGCUGGGAUAACGCUAUAAAGCAGCGUGGUCCAAGUCAGAGGCAUCCUACCAGCUGCGGGUGGAGGGGACUGGUCCCUGUGCUGCUCAGACAACUGGUGUCCCGUGAAGCCUGCAGAAAGGCUUGACUUCUUUCAAGAUCUUGUGCUGGAUCCAGAUGUGGUGCAAUUUUAAUCGGUGCUACUCAUCAGCCAGGGCUCGAACUCCAAAACAAGAAUUUCCUAAUGGUGACUAGUCCCAGCUGAAGACAUUUCUUACCCCGCUGCAGUUUGGUUUUUUUAUUUCUAAGCAAGAUACUGGUGGUCUCACUGUGUUCUUUAGAAGCUGUUGUAAAACGUUUAGUUUUGCUCAGGGUUUACCUUUUCAUUGUGAUCAUGAGAACAAUUGUGCUUGUUUGCUUAAGCCUUUCUCCUUUGGCAUGUGGCAUACCCUAAUAAACACCA